CUAAAGUCCAAGGUUGGGAACUGUUCAACAUCUAAACCGUUGGUGCUUCGAAUUGUCCCUCUCCGUGGGCUGCGAUGUGGUGAAAGAAAGGAUUUGUGUUGUGAGUGAAAUUCACGCAGUGAAACCCCUGUUUUUGCCUACUUUCUGACGGCUGCAGCCCGGCUCGGUUCAUCUCACAGGUCAGAUACCGCUCGUGUAACAUCGUAUUUACCGCACCGUCAGCCACAACACCUGCAAAGAAGGAGACGCCUCGGGCAGGCCGGGUCCCCCCAUGGAGGCCAGGACGGUGACCUUGAUGAUCGGCCUCUUCUCGGUCCUCAACACCGUCCAGUUCCUCAUCUUCGAUGUCCACCAGCUGACGCACAUCGGCUACGAGGACAAGUACAGCCUCUACCUGGACACCAAGUCCGAGCUGGUGCGGUGGCUCCUGCGCCACCGGAGCAAGGUGCUGAGCGUCCUGUCCCUGGUCACCAUCGCGGUCAGCUGCAGCCUCCUCUACAGCGUGCACCAGGACAGCUACAAGGGGCUGCUGCUCUACGCGCUGUGGCUCGUGGUCUACGAGCUGGCCACCUUCUCCCUGCUGCUGCUCACCAGCGGCACGGUGCGGCCGCGCUUCUGGGUGCUGAAGCGCCUGGGCCUCCUGCUGCAGGGCUCGCGCAUGGUCCUGCACUUCGUCUGCCUGCCCAGCGUGCUGCGCCACGCCUAUGAGCUCUUCAAGUCCUUCAAGAUGGUCAGCAAGGUCGGCCACCGCCGCCGCUCCUCGGUCAGCACCGUGGACUCCUGGCCGACGACCGGGCUGAAGUCUGUGUACCGCAGGCUCAGCUAGGGAGGACCCUCCGGGGAGCCACCCCUGCCCGGUUCCACAGGAGGCCCCGGGGACGCAGGGGCUGGGGCGGUUGGCCCUGUGCGUGUGCAGCUGUUGUGGCAUUAAUGGUGCCUGUCUCUUCUUA